UUUGCCGAGCUGGCGAGACGAGAGAGCCAGUGCUCCUCCGCUUCAUCGGGCGGCGACCUCGGCCUCUUUGGGCCGGGGAAGAUGGUCCAGGAGUUCGAUACCGCGCUCUUCCCGGCAGAGGACGCGCCGCAGCCUGGCGCCAUCCUCGGCCCCGUCGUCACCGACUUUGGCUGCCACUUGAUC